UGUUACAGAUGAAGGUGCAGUGGAAACCUGAACAUGAAACUCAGAUACACAGAAAUUUCCACAUGAAAGCAUCUCAUCGGCUGUCAGAGAUGUUUAGGGAUGCCCGCAAUGCAGGACAGCGCCCUACCUGGCUGGGUGACCAAAUUUGGAACUCUUUACUGGCUCAUUGGAAUACAGUAGAGUUUCGCAAUAAGUGUGCCAAAGCCCAGCGGAACAGAGCGUCUGAAAGGGGUGGCACCCUGCAUACUGGUGGGUCGAUCACCAUUCAUGAGCAUGCCAUUCGUAUGGCACAGGCUCUAGGACGGGCGGUCCAUGUGGAUGAGGUCUUUGCACAGACUCAUGUUCGGAAGGGAACUAAUCAAUUUGUUGAUGAAAGAUCUCGGAAGACUCAUGAAGACUUUUCUACGAGACUUUCACAGGUUAGAUCUGAACAUGAGUCAGCUCCUACACCGGAUGAUGCCAGUAAUGCAGAUGAUGACAUCCGUAGGACACAGUGCUGGAUCGACAUCGUUGGUGGGAAGAAAAAGGGACGAGUGUAUGGUGCGGGACAGCUUGCUGUUUGGGUUGCACAAGAAAUAGCAUCUGUCUGA